UAGAGAAGAAAAAUUAAUAGAUAUAAUUAAUGACAAGGAUAUGGAAUUAAAAGAACAUAAAUUAAGUGGACAAUUUAUUGAAAAUAAAAAACUGGUAACACCAACAUUUAAUGAAACAAAUUUCAAAAGUACAAUGAAUGAUUCAAUGGUAAAUUUAUUUUCCAAUACAAAUUUUGUUGAAAAUUUGAAAAAAAUGAAUAUUGGCAACGAUAGUGGUAAAGAUAAUCAUACUUCGGGUGAUGAAAAAUCUGGUGAAGAUAUAACAACAAACAAUGAUUUAUUAUUAAAAUCGAAAAUAAAACGUCGAAAAAAACCUAUACGGGGACAGCGUAAACGUUAUAGACAACUUUAAAAUAUUACUCGGAAGCCGAUGGAAAUUUCUCAAAAAAGUUAAUCAACAAAGUUCAAGUUCAAAAUUUAUUAGAAUCUAUGGGUCUAGAAUCGAAUGUAGAACGCACGUAGCAGACUAUGCAAUUGCUAAAUCGAUGCUGU